CCAAAAUGGCCGCAGUCGGACGUGGUAGAGGCAGGGGAAGAGGCUUAUUGGCUAGAGACCUGCCACAGGAAGCACAAACACGACCUGGUGAUAGUGCAUCUGGAGACUCAAAGGCUACAGAAAAUGGUGUGGAAGUUAAGAAAGAAGAACCUGGGAUGUCACGGCAGGACAGCAUCUUAGAGUUACAGCAUGUUCUAGACAGUCUGACGCUCGACGUCAGCGAUCAGGAGCUAAACAACUUGUAUCAGUUAGCGGAAUCUGCCUCCAGUAAUGACAGUGACAUAAAGCAUGUCACGGAGCAAGUGUAUUCAAAAUUUACCUCGGACAGAGAAUAUGCAAAAACUGGAGCUUUUAUUUGUGAAAAACUUGCAGCAUUGGAGGUGAAUGGAACAAAGUUUAGGUCGUUAUUGUUGUCAAUGAUUCAAGCAGAUUAUAAAGAUAAAGACAAUCUUCGUUCGAAGUCGGUGUCAAAAUUUUUGAACAUUUUAAGUUUUAUGUGUCAGAUUUUUGGCACGCUGAGGACCGCGGGAGGAGAAGUAUUUAAGCCUCUAGUCUCACCACUAUAUGAAUGUUUCAACAUGAUCCUGGACAGUGACCACAGUGAUAAUGAUGAAUUUGAAUGCCUUAAUGAACAAUUACAGUCUAUUGGUAGAGAUCUAGAACAAAGCGACAGGGAUAAAAUGGAACAAAUGAUGGUUAAAAUCAGGUCAAAGGUCAUCAGGAAUGGGUCAUCCCAGCAAGCAAGAUGUACGUUACUCGAGAUCAUUGAAAGUUAUUGUCGAGGUUGGAAGGAUCUGUCAAACGAUGUUACACGCUUUUACUGCGAUACUAUGAUGGACAUAUUGACUGACUGAAACAUACAUUAUAUAUUUGAAAAUAACUUUAUUUGCCUUUUAUGAUUUUUAAUGAAAGUAUCUAUGUAAAGAUGCUAGACACUUGCUGUGGCACUGUGACGGAUUUAUUAAGUUAUUGACUGAUUGAAAUAAGUGCUUGCGUUAAGAAUGCAACUUGUGACAUCUUACUUUUUCUAAUUCAAGAAUUUCAUGUAUACACAGAUACUUGGCAGGAGGUUAUAAAACUGGGUCAUUGUACCAGUUAUAAAAUCUUACCAUUGGACAAUUUCAAAACUGAGUUCAGAUUCAACCAAUCAGAUGCCGAGUUGUUAGACUGGUCUAGAAUCAUAAAUUUUGUAACCUUUGACCCAGUUUAUAGCUUAAUAGUUUUGCACUUUCAUGCUUACACUACAUACAAAUUUAUACGUGUGACUGUCCUGCUUUUUCUUUGAUGGACAGGUGUGAGCAAUUAUUCAAAGUAUUAUGUUUGUUUUUAGUCAUUAUCAAAUUGCAAGGUGAUAAAUUCACAUUCCUUACCAAUUAAGAAAAAGGGCAGAUUGAUAAAGGCAGCAAAUUGAUGGAAUAGAGAGUUGGAGUUGUUUUCUAGUUAAACUUUGCUUCAGUCUGAUAUUUACAUUUAUGCAAUGCAUUUUUGAAAAUUACGAUGUUCCUAUUGCAUGAACCGAAAAAGGAAAGGCACCAAAUUUUGAUAAUAUGCAACUGUUUUUUGACGAUGUGCACAUGUAGUCAGGGAUAAAAUUCUUUAGAUGACUUCUCAUUAACUGUUGUUCUGUCUGGUGAACUGAAUAACUGAAGAAAAUUCUUAUGUUAUAUACAACAACAUUAAAAUUUUGUGCAACUUAAAAAAAAAAUUAAAUAAAUGGAAAUGAAAUAUAAUGUGCAUACAAGAAACAAUCAUAUUUUUCCAGAAUCAUGCGUUAUUCAAAGCUUUUCUGCACAUAUUUUGUCGUUCAUUUUUCAUAGACUCUGAAAAAAAUAAAUUCAUUUCUUAACUGAACUGAGAACCAUAAGGAGUUAUUUUUUGUGUGUGAAAAUAAUCCUCAUUCUAAUGUAAGAGAAAUGCAAUAUGGGUGCUUUUCAUCAAACUGGGAAUGGUACAUGGAAACAUGAAGUGUAUUUGUUGUAUCUAUAUAUAGCGAUUGUUUCUGUGGAGAAGUCAAUUUACUGAUAGUGGAAGGUGUUUUUUCUUCAGAGAUUUAAGCCUGCCCACUUAGCUCGGUAGAGCGUUGGUCUACGGAUCGUGGGGUUGUGAGUUCGAUCGUCGGGCGGGGUGUAUGUUCUCUGUGACUAUUUGAUAAACAACAUUGUGUCUGAAAUCAUUAGUACUACACCUCUGAUUCAUGUGGGGAAGUUGGCAGUUUCAUGUAGAGAACAGGUUUGUACUGGUACAUAAUCCAGGAACACUGGUUAGGUUAACUGCCCACUGUUAAAUGACUGAAAUACUGUUGAAAAACAGCAUUGAACCCGAAACAAACAAAAAUCUUCAGAGAUUUUGUAAACAGAGGUUCAGCUGCACUAAGACUGGCAUUUUUAAUUGAUUUUUGUUCAAGUUUAUCAAAAUUUUAAUAAAAAUGUCAGUGAAUUAGCAUAUUUUCAAUAUCUGUGUAACACUUAAUAUCUGUUUUAAAAUGAAGUGCCCCAAACAUUAUGUCUCUUUCUUUCUAGCUCACCAGAGCAAAAAGUGCUCAAGGUGAGCUAUUGUGACCAGUCAUUGUCCGUCGGCGUGCGUGGUCAGUUGUCCGUCGUUCAUCAACAUUGCCUUGUGAACACUAUAGAGGCCACAUUUGUGACCCAAUUUUUAUGAAACUUGGUCAGAAUAUUAGUCUUGAUGAUCUCUGGCUCAUGUUCAAAACUGGGUCAUGUGGAGUCAAAAACUAGGUCAGUAGGUCUGAUCAGUGGAAAAGCUUGGGAACACUAGAGACCACAUUUAUGACCCAAUCUUUAUGAAACUUGGUUAGAAUGUUAGUCUUGAUGAUCUCUAGGUCAAGUUCGAAACUGGGUCAUGUUGGGUCAAAAACUAGGUCAGUAGGUCAGGUCAGAGGAAAAGCUUGUGAACAUUCAAGAGACCACAAUUUUGACCCAAUCUUUAUGAAACUUGGUCAGAAUGUAACUCUUGAUGAUCUCUAUGUCAAGUUCGCAAACUGGGUCAUGUGGGGUAAAAAACUAGGUCAGUAGGUCAGAUCAAACGAAAAGCUUGUGAACACUCUAGAGACCACAUUUUUGACCCAAUCUUUAUGAAACUUUGUCAGAAUGUUAGUCUUGAUAAUCUCUAGGUAAGUUCGAAACUGGGUCAUGUGGGGUCAAAAACUGGGUCAGUAGGUCAGAUCAAAGGAAAACUUGUGAACACUCAAGAGACCACAUUUGUGGCCUAAUCUUUAUGAAACAUGGUCAGAAUGUUAGUCCUGAUGAUCUCUAGAUCAGGUUCGAAACUGAGUCAUGUGGGGUCAAAAAUUAGGACAGUAAGUCAGAUCAGUGGAGAAGCUUGUGAACACUCUAGAGACCACAUUUGUGACCCAGUCUUUAUGAAACUUGUUCAUAAUGUUAGUCUUGAUGAUCUUUAGGUCAAGUUCGAAACUGGAUCAUGUUGGAUUAAAAGCUAGGUCACCUGGUCAAAUCGAAGGAAAAGCUUGUGAACACUCAAGAGGCCACAGUUGUGACCCAGUAUUUAUGAAACUUAGUCAGAAAAUUUAGCUUGAUGAUUUUAGGUCAAGUUUGAAUCUGGGUCAUGUGGGGUCAAAAACUAGGUCACCUGGUCAGAUCAAAGGAUAAGCUUAUGAACACUUUAGGCCACAUUUAUGACUCAGUCUUUAUGAAACUGGGUCAGAAUGUUUGUCUUAAUCAUUUCUAGGUCAGUCUGGGUCAUUUGGGGUCAAAAACUAGGUCACUAGGCCAGAUAAAAGUAAAAUCUUUUCAACACUCUAGAGACCAUAAUUUAAGUUUGAAACUCAUGAGAAUUAAACAGAAUGUUUGUUUUGAUAAUCUAUAGGUCAAGUUCAAAUCUGGGUCAUGGGGUCAAAAACUAGGUCACCGGUCAAAUCAAAGGAAAAGCUUGUGAACACUCUAGAGGCCACAGUUGUAACCAAAUCUUUAUGAAAUUUAGUCAGAAUGUUUGUCUUUAAUGAUCUUUAGGUCAAGUUCAGCUCUUGGUCAUGUGGGGUCAAAAACUAGGUCAGUAGGCCAGAUGAGCUCUGGUGAGCAGUAUAUAGGGCCAUCAUGGCCCUCUUGUUUGAUUGAUUGAUUACUAGUAUUUUUUUAGUGACAGUAAACAAAAAAGAAAAUAAAGAAGGGAUGCAGCAUGACGGCAGCAUUCAUUUAUAUAUAAGAUACACUUUUGUAAUUGGUUAAACAUGUACAUGUAGAACAGGUCUCUCUUGUGUUUAUUAUUAUUGAUAUCCAUAAUAUUCUUUUGGUAUAAUAAACUAAAUUUCUUGUGCAUUUGAGUAUGUAAGCUGAUAUUGUGAACCCUUGAAAAGCCUUGUAGAUAUAUAAUACUGUGAAAUCAUUUAAAUUCACUGGCAUGAAAUUUCGCACAAUCGUAAAAAAGGACUGUUUCGCGCAGGCUUUAAUUCGCACAUUUUCUAUUUUAGAAAUGAAAAAAUAAAAUAAAAAAUAAUAAUAGCGCGGUCUAAAAUUCGCGCAUCGGUCGAUCGGUAAAAAUGAUUUCACAGUAUGUAAUGCUUCUUCAAAUUCUUCUGUUUUUUGUAGCUCAUACAAGCACGUGACAUUCCAUGCUUGCUUAGAACUGCCAAAAUCAAAUAAUAAGUAUACUGUAAAAUCAUUUUCAUGGGUAUAAAAUUUCUUGGUUUUGGUCAAAACGGCAAUUUCGUGGGGGAUAUGAAUUCAUGGAUUUCACCUUUUGAACAUAAACUGAAAUGGAAUUUUACUUGUUUGUUGGGAUUAAAUUUCGUGGAUUGACGUAACCACGAAAAUUAGUCCUCCCACAAAUAUUAACGAUUUUACAGUAUACAUAUAAUAAUUCAUUAAAAAGAAACUGUUGAUUUAGCUUUAGAAAUAUUGAUUUAAGACGAUGUUGAGGACUUUUCUAUAUGUUUUGAAAUUUUUAUAUUGUUUUGUAUAUUUUGAAUGUGUUCAGAAUGUUGCUGUAUGUUGUGUUGGUAAUAUUUCAGGAUUAAGUUGGAGGGCACCUUAACCAUUUGAUACGGUUUGAGCAACUCAGCCAUGAGGCAUGCCCGCUUCAAUGUCAAAAGCACUUUUCAUAUCAUUUUUUGAAACAUAUCAUUUGAUGUUGUGCUAUUAAUGUUGUCUUACAGAUGUACAUGUUCUAGGAGUGGGGCUGGUAUCUCUUUUUAAGCAUUAAAUGUAAAUAAAUCGUGAACAAAAAGAAGAUAAUUUUUCUGGAUUCUUUAGUUUUUAGAUAUCGGAGGAUAUCUUUUGAUUUUUACAAGUAAUAAGGAACAAGGUGACCUGCCGAAUUCUGCAGGCAGUUAAUUCUCUCGUUGAAGACAAUAAGGGCAAAUCUGUAUUAACCAUUGGAACAACACAGUCCGAGUGCUCAAGGUAGGUUGGUGCUUAAGACAAGUUGGACUUGGUUGCGUUCUAUGAUUUUAAAGGAUCUUUUCACAGAUUUACUAGAACAGUCAUUUUUUUUUUACAUUAGGUGACUGGCUUCUUAAACAGGUAGGGAACUGUGGUAUGUUAAGCUUUACAUCUGAAGUCAUUUGCUUUCCUGUUCAGUUGUAUGUGACAGAGAACAAGUCAACAUUGAAGUGUAUCCAGAAAUACUUUGUCAAUAUUUAUUUAAAUGCUUUUUUUCAACAGUAUUCCACAUAUGGCUGUCUUUUUAUAGUGCCCUGCAAAAGUCUGGAUAGAAGUAGAAAAUAAAUAAAAAUUGUUACGACACAAAAUAUGAUAAUUGUUUACUUAUGAAAUAUAUUCUCUCGAAGUCUUGUGUUGAAACUUACUUAGCCUGCAGACGGGAGUGGAUUUGGCCUUGUGACCAUGCAGGCUGACCAUGCUCUGCACUGUUUAAUCAGAAAAUUUUCAGUGAACACCCCUUUGAAUAACAAGUGGUUUUGCCCAAAUUAAAUGAUGGACUAGUCCAUUUUAGAAAUUUAGCAGGCUUAAAGGUUAAGAAAUUUUCCAAACAGUAAAUGUGUCAUAGAUUUAAAUUACUAUUUGUUUAGGAGCAAAGCACUUGAACGACAAGGACACAGUCUGAUUGAUAUGAAAACACACAUCCCUAAUUAUUUUAAUAGAGGGAAUUUUUAUUUUCUCAACAAAGUGGCAACUCUGAAACUCUUGCUUUUGUUAGAACCUCAAGAACACUCACUAGUAGACAAAAUUCAUCCAUCUAGGUUUUUCAAGUUUAAAACAGAAAGAAACUUGAGUUAUUAUGGUAAAAAAAAAAUGUAAUUUUGUUUAUUAUACGUUUUGCAGAAAAAUCAAGAGAGUAUUUUGUCAAUUCUGGCAGUAUUUCAGGUGAACGGCAAUCUUUUGGUGCAAUUGAAUUAUAUAUGUACGUUUUUUUUAGAAAAAAAAAUACUUGCGUUUGUUUAUAGACAGAUGUACAUUUUGUUUUCAGUUUUCAUGCAAAUUUUGAGAACACUAUAUAACUUAUUUGACUUUCAAAACCAAUAAAGAUGAUUUGAAAGUA